AUGCCUGCCAUUCGCGGUUCCGAGUCCAAAAAGAAGACCCGUCGCUAUACCCGCGAUAUCGAUCAAGCCUACAGCGACCUCCACGACCCGAAUCAUCUUCGCCUAUAUAAAGACACCAAAGCCGUCGAGGAUCUCCCGGGCCUGGGCCAGCACUACUGCACAGAAUGCGCCAAAUGGUUCGAGAGUGAGCCGAACUUCUUGUCGCAUAUCAAGGGAAAACCACACAAGAAAAGAGUCCGACAAUUGAGAGAGAAACCGUACGGCCAUAAGGAAGCCGAUGCCGCUGCAGGGCUCUUCGUCGAUAAUGGGAAGGGUGUCGAGAUGCUGGAAGAUCCGAAAUCCACAGAGAUGGAUGUCGCAUGA